AUGUUUGUUAGAACCAAGCCAUGUAAACUAUCUCACAAAAUGAUGAUUCGCCUAAAUAACUUUUUAUAUGUUUUUAAUUUACGACAAGGCACGAUUCUAAUAGCCGUCCAUCAAAUUGCGCUAUCUUCUUUUGUACUUAUAAUACUGCUAGUUGGUAUAUCUCACGUCGGUGAAAUGCUAUCAAUGCUUCAUAAUGAUAUGGAGGAUGACGCAGAGAGACGAGGAUUUUAUGAAAUCGCUUACGGCGAACAUCUAAGUUUUCAUGAAGGAGACGUUAUAAGCACCAACAAUCAACUCAGAUUUGCUAAAGCACAACACUUAGCUUCAGUUACGGUGAUUUUCUUAUAUACUAGCACAAUAUUGACGUCGAUAUAUCUAAUGUGCUGCAUUUCUCUUCUUCAUGGAGCUGUGAAGUACAAAAGAGAGUAUGUUUUGCCUUGGAUAAUGGCUGCUUGUGUGGCAGUAGUGCUACUUAUAAUCGCUAUAGUAAUAGGUGAUGGUUACCCGUGCGUUGUUAACCUUUUUGGUGGUCAUAAUCUCUAUCAUUUCGGGUGUGCGCUAUUUGUCUUGACAUUUAUUUACGCCAUCUGUGCGGUCAGUAGCUUUGCACUAGAAACCGGCGGAGGAAGGUGCGCGCGAGCUUCUCUGGCCAAUGACGAGCGCGGAGAAAGACUUCUACUUCUAGACCACGCAGCACACUCCAGUCUUUUGUCCGCAGCGCAAUUAAACAAAUUGUCACACGGCACAAGAACGCAAUUCGUAUAAAUAUUAACAAAGCUUUUGACAGUUUCUGUUGAUGAAAACACUCGCGUGCAAAAAAAAAUUCAAAGUGCAGUUUUGGCCUUUAUAUCGAUAAAAAUCGUUCAUCGCGUUUAUUUAUAAAAGUCAUUUCGUGUACGAAUUUAUUAGACGCCGUUACAGCUUUAUUGUUGUAAAUGUACAUUUUAAAAGUACUGUGUCGAUGUAUUUUAAAUUAUACGUGUUGACAACUGAGGUCCCCUGAAAGGGAAAUUGAGAGCUGUGUCUCGACUCGAGGUAUUUCUCGACUUGAUACAGCACUAGCUACUCCUACUCCCUCGCCUAAUACGUAAAAUCGUAUCUUACGUGAAAUGAUUAAUCUUAAGUAAUUUUUAACUAAUUUAUCGACAUAACAUCUCGGUCGAAAUCUUCAAGCGUACAACCUUUAAUUAUAAAUUAGAGCAUUUAGAUAAACAUUACAUUGGUUGUGUCAAUGCACAAAUUAAUUUCGAUUUUGUCGCAUAAAGGUAGUGAUUUUAUUCACCUAGAGUAGAAAUUUUCACCAGAUUUUGUCUUUGUAUAGUACUUACCGCUGGUGAUUACGAAUUACAUUAGGACAUAUAAAUUUCGUUAAAAUAUUAGUUAUUUUGUUUCAAUGAUUAUCGUGUAUUACAAACACGUACGUCCAUGACUAGCGCUAAAGUAGUACAAGCUUAGCUACAAUUAUAUUCUACAAUAAUUAAUUGUGAUAUUUUAAUGAGACAAAAAAAAAAAAUUUAACAAAAACAAAAUAUUGACUUGGAUUUUAAAUUUCAUUUUUUUUGUUUUAUAUAACGUUUUACUAUACAGAGAACUAGACCGGCUGCUAUUCAAACUAUGCCUCAAGAAGCUAUAAUUAUUGAAAAAUAAAACAAUUAAUUUUAUAAA